UUUCAUGCAAUACAAGUCUCAACCAUCAUUAGAACAACAUGCUUUUAUUAACAGUGUUAGUAAUUACUUGGACAACAAUUAUCAAUCAAGUUUAUUCAGUGAUGCCCAUUGAUCUUCCAUUGGAUAUUGAAGAUGGUAACUGGCUGAUAAAAGCAAAGCUUAGAGACAGAGAUAGCUCAUUGGACAUCAAUGUCGAUGAAUACAUUCAAUCUACAAAUGGAACAAUAAGAGGCAAAAUAGUAGUCAAUAUUGACGGCUACUUGCCAUUUGAUGUAUUUUAUACAAGCGAAAAUCAAUACGAACGAUUAGUUGUUGUUGGAGCUUCAUGUACCUAUUAUGUGUAUCGCAAAAAUGGUAACGGCUGGAAUCAUGCCAGAAGUGCGUUAGGCGAUAGCCUAGCCAAUCAUUUGUUAUUGGUUGGACCUUCAGUUAUAUUCAGAAUAAAUAAUUUCGCACCUGUCUGGAAAUCACGUGAAGAUGUUGUUAUUAGGGGCGGUAAACAGCAUACUGCGCGCGUGGAUCUUGAUCUACAUCUCAAUGUUUGGUUCUACUACAGAGGCAAUAGUCUCGAGGGAUUGAAAAGACCAACAAGGGCUUUCUUUACUGGUUAUGACCCCAAAUCGGAAGUUCUAACAGAAGGUAGAUUUUGGUACGAUUUGUAUAUCAUAUCUCGAGUUGAACAAAAUUUUGGUACUAUUGUUACGCCUGAGCCUGGAAUAGUUUGUGAUAAAUACUUUAGUGACUCUUCAACCAAAGCCAGAGUAUCUUUUCCAAAAUUAACUCAACAAGCAAUACACUUUUUUGCCAGAACCAAAAUUUUGAAUGCAGGACCAACGAAAAAGGAAGAAGUUUAUGCUGAUGAAAAGAAUCAAAUCUUGAGAAUCAAAAGUUCAACUUAUGGAAAGGAUAAUGAAAUCAUGACAACUGAAAGCAUUUAUGAUUAUCAAUUAGGACUUGUAUACGAAUUCACAGAGACAGGAAAUUGUUCAGUUACUCCAAUGAGUCUAUCAUCACCUGGUAUAGUUGAAGAUUCAUCAUUGAGUUAUGGCAACUAUAAACUUGAUUUGAAUCGAUUGCUCAACUUUGAUUUGAAUUAUCGUUACUUGGGACCAGUACUCUUUGAGGAUCGAGAAGAGAUCGGAGUACAUGCAUGGGAAAUACUCAAUAAAGACGCAGAGUUUGGUGGUAAAACUUAUCCAAACGUCGUUACAACUCAGUAUUUCAGUAAAGCAACAAAUGGACAAACUGGUUAUACACUUGUUGGUACAAUAUCGAAAGCAUAUGACAAAGAUAAAAAAAUGAUUGCUGGCCUUACAAAAAGUUACUUCAAUUUUGGUUAUGAGAUGAGUUCGUCAGAUAGCAUGGAAAAGUUUACAGUUAAAGAUUGUUAUUCCGAUCCAAAAGCCAAAAAAACAAUAGCAUUCUUCUUCACUUGCGAAGAUACUCCUUGUGAUAACAUCAACCAAUAUUAUUAUCAAAUCCAAGAUAAAGUUAAAGAAGCACUCGUAAACACUGGAACAAUUUCAGUAUCAAGAAUCGCAAAUAUUGAACCAAUAAUUAGUUCUAAGGAGAUAAUUAUUUAUGUUACGAUUUCGGACAUUCCAACAAUAAAAAAUGCAUUCAAGAUGCAAAACAUGAAAUUAGCUGAGAAAACAUUAACAACUUCGUCAAGAGUUAUAAUUGAUGGCGAUGAAGAAGCUUGUUUGAGGACGAAUUCAUAUAAAUAUGAGCCAUUUACAGCCAUUGCAUUCUGUAAGACUGAGAAUGGCAAUAUAUGUCAGAGAAUCGACGAAGAUGAAGUGAAACUCGUUGAAGAUAAGGAUAAUGGAAUUCCUUGUUCAGUUUUCAUGACACCAUUGAAGAAUAUUUAUCGUUAUAGCCGAGAGUUACCUUUAGAAAAUAUUCACUAGAAACUCGCUCACAUUGAAAUCUCAUUAACUUCACCCAACAACAACGAGGUGUUCAAAUUGACUCCAUACCAAGUGACAGAUGUAACCAAAGUCCAUGACGAUGUAUACGAUUCAUUAUAUGAAACGAUGAUUCAAAACACAAAACUAAUUGAAGAUAAACUCAAUACAAUUCAAGUCGAUGGCACUAUUGACUUAAAUUCUUGCCAUCGGAAAUGUAUUCAGUCAGCUGAGAAUAAUUGUCAAUCUUUUUCGUUUUGCACUUAUGCUGAUAGAGUUGAAUGCUUUGUAUCGACAAAUUCAAAUGGUAAAAUGGUGAAUGAUGCAUCUUGUAAAACUUAUUUAAUUGCUAAUCUAGCGAAAUAUAAGAAAAUUUCGUUCAAAAGAUUUAAAGAUAUUGAUGAUUCAGUACCAUUCGAGAGUUCUCUUGAAAAAUGUGCUUCUAUUUGUUCCAAUUCCGAGUCAUGUAAAUCAUUUCAAUUUUGUUCUGGUUCAUGUACUUUAGCAGGUUAUUAUACUGAUGAAACAAGCGUUUAUAGUGAAAGUUGCGAUAUUUAUAUUCCAAAAGUAUUGGACCGGUUUGAAUUAACUGGAAAAUCGAUCGUAACAGACGUGUUCCACACUGAAGUGAACCUCAAUGCUGACCAAUGCGCCUCUCUCUGUUAUAAUUGGAACGAUAAUGAAGAUGUUUGUCAAUCUUUCAAUUUUUGCCCAGCACAUGGUAAAAUACCAAGUCUAUGUCAUUUAUCAAAACAUUCAAUACAUGAUGCUGAUGAGAAGCUGAUUCACUCUGAUACUUGCCAAAACUACGAAAGGAUUAAACAGAGUGAGAACGAGCAACGAAAUACUGAGGUUAUCUCUAAAGUUACACACCCUGGGCAAAUUUUUGGAAUAAUCUUAGUUUUCGUUACCACUGGACUAAUUUCAGGAAUUGUUGUUGCAAUUGCGUAUCUCAAAAUUUUUCCUGUUAAAAGCAAUGCAUCUGAAAUCUACAAUCGUAACACUUUCAGUUGGACUAAGCAACUAAACGAUGAAAGACAAUCUGUGUAUGGUGAUGGUUCUUUGCAAAUGUCAUCUGAUUAUGCUAUUCCUGUAAGUGAAUGACUACAAUAAAAAAUAUUGAUAUCAACCA